AUGCAUUUUCUACACGCGCUUGUCGUCGUUGUUGCGACGUUAGGAAACAAUGUCGAUGCGAUUGCAGAGCGUGGCUUGGAAGCCAAACCGCAACGCAUCUUGAGGGCUGCCACAAAACGGUCCGACCUGUAUCGAAGAAGCGUUCGCAUUACCAAAAGGUUUGAGACGGAGAUGGCUUAUGUGGAGAGUGAAAAUGCCUGGAGCGAUGCAUCGACUUUUGCUUCCCAGGUCAAGGUCAGCUCGCAGAAGCCAGUGUUCACCCUCGAAGAGCACGAGCAUCACUUGAAAGCUGUCGAGUGUGGCAAUGAUGCUAUGAAGUUGCAUUUCGUUGAUGCCUCGUCUGCCCGAGAUGCCCGAGCCGCCUAUGGUGAGGACGGUGGCUUGAUCAUCACUUCACACAAGAGCUGCAACGACGAGGGUGAGCGCGAAGUUUAUCGUGUCACCGAUGUAUCCUUUUCCGAGGAUGGAGAAGCACUCGACCUGUCCGUCAAGAAGACAACGUGGCGACAGGCCUUUGACCGUAUGAACGUGACAUUCGGUCACACCACUGAUGACCACAUCGUUCGCCGCCAUGCCGACUUUGCCAUGAUUCGGGGCAAGCGCCAGAACAGGGUUGCCAUUCCCCAGAACGUAUCCGAAGACGUCAACACUGCUCUCUUCGACUUGAGUUCUGAGAUAGUCGACAAGACCUUUGCCUCUAAAGAUUUCCUUGAGAUCCUCGGGGCUGUAGUUCCCCUUCCUGAAGAAUUGCCCGUCGCCGUCCCUAUUGAAAUCGGCUGCAAGCGAUGUGCUACCACUGGACAGUUGGCACUCAACCAGGGUGCUUUCAACAUUGACCUAUCCCAAAUCGACCUGAUCCCCGACAUCUUCCAGGGCGGCGACGACGGAAAAGAGAUUUCGAGCGUUAUCUCGGGCGGUUUUGUGGAGUUGGUAGCUACUGGCGUAGGUGCGCGAUUGGAUCUGUUUGCGCGACCAUCUGCCAACGGCGAGUUCGAAAUUGCUCUAAUUCAACUCCCCAUCGCUGGAUUCGUUAUUCCCGGAAUUGGAAAUGCAGGCGCUGUCUUCGAACCCAGAAUCGCAUUUGAAUUCGAAGUCAGCGGUGGGCUUGAGGUCAACUAUGGACUCGAACUCAAUGUGCCUGACAACUCCAGGCUUCGAGUAGAGCUCACCAACCUCGGUGCUAGCAGUCUUGUUGGUUUCCAGGACACCACUCUUACUCCCCUACCUGUCACUGUCAACAUUACAGAUGUUGAUGUCACCCUUGGUCUUGCCUUCAAGCCCGCCAUCCCUGUUGGUUUCGAUUUCCUCGGCCAGUUGUCAGCGGAGGUCACUACUGUUUUGGACCUACCUCGCCUGGAUGCAAAGCUCUCGACCAACAUUGCCGAGAACUGUGCUAGCGGCAACAGCUCCACUGAUCCGUCUGCACCAGGUGCAAACAGCACGACGCAGUUGUCUCCUGAUCUUAUCCAGCUGGGUCCCAUCGCCUUGGUUGAAGCCAAUGUUUCCAUUUCUUGCGAUCUCAGCUUUGACGUCUCCAUUCCGAUCCUGCCACCACCGUUCAACCAGGUCGGCGUCGCACAAAACAUUUUCAAGGCAGAAUUCCCUCUCGUCUCGGAAUGCAAGUCGCCAGAGACUGCUUUCGAUGGUGCAUCGGGUAUUGUCGUUCCUGCGCCCCCAGUUGUUGCGCCCCCGGUUGUGAGCGAAUCUGUCGCUCCGGAGCCUCAGGUUAAUGCUACUCAUGCGCCAGUCUACACAGUCCCAGUGGCGAAUUACACGAUCUCUUCCACAGUAGCCAUGCCUGCUGCUACCACUCUAAGCAGUGUAGUCUACGCAGCUCCUGCGUAUACAGCUUCUCCUGAUGGUUCAGCCAGUACAAGCUGUUCAACUAUCCCAAGCUACACAGCUACCCCAGACCGCCAGUUACCCAGUGCCCUCGGAACCGGCUUCGACUACCAUAAUAAUGGCCACUAG